CUUUCUCCAUCUGCGCAUCGCUCCUUUUCCCUCCUCGUCAUCUUCACCACCGCGAUUUCGCAUUCCCUUCGUCCGGCCGGUCUCCUCCUCCGCCUCCGAGAGCCACUCCGGCGGCCGGAACCGAUCGGAGCUCGCCGCGAGCGGCGGGAGGCCUCGAUCCGUUCGUCUUGGUGGCGCGAGCCGAGGAGCGGAGGAGCCCGCAGAGGAGUGACGAAGAAGCCAUCGCUUCAUUUUCUCUGCUCCUCCUUUCUUCCUUUUCGCUGUGCGGAUUCCUCUCUCGUCAAUCCAAUCCAAGUCGCUGCUGCUCCGAUCAUCGGUGCUUUCAGUCGGUUUCAGUUGAUUAGCUUCUCGCGGCGGCGGCGGUGGAAGCGGCGGUUUCUUGGGGAAGUUGGCGGUGAGGAGAGGAGAUCUUUUUUGGUUCGAGAGCGAGGGAGAAUGGGACUGACGUCGGGAGUUUUCAUGGGGACCGUGGUCGGCGUCGCGCUGAUGUUCGGAUGGAGUUACGUGAUGCGGCGCCGCAGCGCCAAGCGCAUUGCCAAGGCUAUGGAUAUCAAACUACUGGGUUGUCUUGAUCGAAAUGACUUAAAGAAGAUUUGCGGUGAUAACUUUCCUGAAUGGAUAUCUUUUCCAGAAUUUGAGCAGGCUAAAUGGCUAAACAAGCAACUCAGCAAACUGUGGCCAUAUGUUGCAGAGGCUGCAACAGCAGUGAUUAAGGAAUCUGUUGAACCAUUAUUGGAAGAGUAUCGACCUCCAGGAAUAACUUCACUGAAGUUCAGCAAGCUGUCUCUUGGAACCGUGGCACCAAAAAUAGAAGGUAUACGCAUUCAGAGACUUAAAGAAGGUCAAAUUACUAUGGAUAUUGACUUUCGAUGGGGAGGAGAUCCCAGCAUUGUCUUACAAGUACAAACUGCACUUGGAGCAUCAAUACCCAUUCAGUUAAAGGAUCUUCAAGUUUUCACUGUUGUUCGUGUUAUCUUCCAAUUGGCUGAUGAGAUCCCAUGUAUUUCUGCUGUUGUUGCUGCCCUACUUUCUGAGCCAGAGCCGAAAAUCGAUUAUACCCUGAAAGCAGUUGGUGGAAGCCUGACAGCCAUUCCUGGACUUUCAGACAUGAUAGAUGAUACGGUGAAUUCCAUUGUGACAGAUACACUUCAAUGGCCCCACAGGAUUGUUGUUCCGCUAGGUGGUAUACCUGUAGAUACAAGUGAAUUAGAACUGAAGCCACAGGGCAGGCUUAGAUUAACGGUAGUUAAAGCAAAUGAUUUGAAGAACAUGGAGAUGAUUGGAACAUCUGACCCGUACGCAGUUGUUCACAUCCGGCCUCUUUUCAAGUUUAAAACACAGGUUAUUGAUGACAACCUGAAUCCAGUUUGGGAUCAAACUUUCAAUCUGAUUGUUGAAGACAAGGAGACGCAGUCACUAAUCAUUGAGGUUCUUGAUGAGGACAUUGGCCAAGACAAACGGUUGGGAAUUGUAAAAUUGCCCUUGAUUGGGCUGGAAGCUGAGACUGAGACAGAGGUCAAUUUGAGAUUGCUUCCAUUACUUGAUAUGCUGAAAACCAUAGACAAGAAGGACAGGGGGACUGUUACCCUCAAGGUUUUAUAUCACGAAUUCAACAAGGAGGAACAGUUAGCAGCUCUAGAAGAAGAGAAGCAGAUCUUGGAAGCAAGAAAGAAGCUGAAAGAGGAUGGAGUCAUUGGAAGUGCAAUGGAUGCGCUUGAUGGAGCAGCAUCCUUUGUUGGAUCCGGGGUGGGGAUGGUCGGUACUGGCAUUGGUGCUGGAGUUGGACUCGUUGGGAGCGGCAUUGGUGCUGGAGCGGGGCUCGUUGGGAGUGGACUAGGAGCCGUCGGAAGUGGCCUAAGCAAAGCAGGCAAGUUCAUGGGGCGAAGCCUUACGGGACACUCAAGCUCGUUCUCGGGCUCGAGCAGGAGGCAUGACAGCUCGACCCCAGUGAAUAGUACUCCAGAACACGGCGGUUCUCUGCCCCCGCAAUAACCAUAGGGCUGCCACCGAAGAAUGUGAUUUCAUGUGGCGGCUUUUGCAAAUCAAUGGUGAAUGGAUGGAGGGGGUAGUUUUGGUUCUCGCCCUUGGUAUCAGGGCUUUGCUUAUACCGCAUGUACGUGAGUUUUAUCCAUGACUGGACAAUAUGCUGCUUUGCUCACUUGCUGCUAGCUGCUGCAAUGUUUUCCACGAUACCCUUGUUUUCAUGGAGGAUGUUCCGAGCCGGCCGCUUGCUGGCUUGCUGAAUUGUGUCAUUGUGACGCAGGUGUGAUGUCACAUUUAUUUAGGGUGUGUUUGUUCUGUAAAAUAUAAAUUUGUGAGAUGAUUUUCCAAAAUUUAUCAAAUUUUGUUAGCUGAAAAA